UCCAUACCCAAUAGCUCAUAAAAUAAUAGUCACUAUGCACCAGGCUCGGCAAAAGGGGCGAAGACAAAAGCCUCGACGGUAAGGCAUCAAUGCUUCAGGUAAAUUCCUUCAAAAUGAGCCCUCAAUCUCGCAUGGUCACAUAACAGUCCUCCUUCACUCCUUCCAAGCCUUGUACAUUUCAGUCAUUUCCUUACGGCCUCGUUGCUCAAAGACAUAAUUAUACAUUCAUUCAACGAUCAACUGCUGGACCAGUUCAACUAAAAGCAUUUCAUUCCUUCAAAAUGUCUUCCAUUAGCAUUCCCAGGUCUUUGACCGUUCUAUUCCUCCUGUUGAACUUCACUCUCCUCGCCCUCGGCAACGGCACACAAUUCAUCACAGGACCCUGUACCUCAGACUCAGACUGCGCCGACGGCUGCUGCGGCUUCAACACCGGUCUAUGUGCCGGACCCGUUGUCGCCCAAGAACGUGACGGCGGAUGCGGGUUCGGGGACGCCACACCAAACGCCAAUGCCGCUGAGGCCUUGACCGGCGGCACAGCAACAGCCACAUCAGCAGCGAGUGCCCCUCCAGUAGCGACUAUUGGACCCACUGCUACCGCCACCGAAGAAGCAUCAACAGCCAUCAACAGCAACCUACCCGGCGCCGAGAACGUGGGUAAUGGAGCCGGCAAGCAAUUUAUCACUGGCCAAUGUCAAAGCGACGCAGACUGCGCCUCUGGAUGCUGUGGCUUCAACACGGGCUUGUGUGCAGGAGCGGUCAUCGCUCAAACCCGUGACGGAGGUUGCGGCUUCGGCAAUACCUCGCCGAACAACAACGCCGCGCAAGCCUUGACCGGAGGAUCCGGCGCUGCAACUUCUGCCGCCGCUGCUGACUCGCCAACCACUACCGUUGCUGAAGCAUCAACACCGACUGAGUCUGCGUCGACCACAAUCAACAGCAGUCUCGCUGGAGCUGCGAAUGUUGGCAAUGGCGCCGGCAAACAAUUUAUCACAGGCCAGUGUCUGAGUGAUGCAGAUUGUGCAUCUGGGUGCUGUGGGUUCAAUAGUGGCCUCUGUGCCGGUGCGAUCAUUGCGCAGACCCGCGAUGGUGGUUGUGGGUUUGGAAGCACCACUCCCAAUGAUAAUGCUGCUCAAGCACUCACUGGAGGAGCGAAGAGGAGGGCUGUACGAGAGUAUAUGGCAUAGCGAAUAGACCAGCUCCCACGCUGGUAGUGGGUAUAUCAUGAGUGAAUGAAGUGUACUUCUCCUUGACUGGCUCGAUCUUCGUCUGCGUCCAAGCUUAAG